AUGUCGACGACGAUAGGCUCCUUCAUAGCAGGAGGGAUAGCGGCUUGCGGAGCUGUCACGGUCACACACUCCUUCGAGACGGUCAAAAUUCGAUUACAAUUGCAAGGAGAACUGCAGGCGAAGCAAGAUGCGCCCAAACUGUACAAAGGUGUUCUGCACGGAGUGCGGGUCAUCUACUCGAAUGAAGGCCUGAAGGGUCUAUUAAGAGGAUUGAAUUGCGCGUACAUAUACCAAAUGACCCUCAAUGGCUGUCGUCUCGGCUUCUACGACCCCAUACGGACGACCUUGAAUUCUUUGGUCUUGACGCGGAGUCCUUUGAAUGCAGCAGACCCGCAAGUCAAGGCCAUGCAGUCAGUGCCGAUAAACAUCGCGUCGGGUGCCAGCUCGGGCAUCCUGGGUGCUUUCUUGGGUUCUCCAUUCUUCUUGGUCAAGACCCGGUUACAAUCAUUUUCUCCUUUCUUGCCUGUCGGAACACAACACCAGUACCGAGGUGCUGUAGACGGCCUGAGACAAAUCUACGGAGCCGAGGGAAUUAAGGGUCUCUGGCGAGGAGUAGGUCCUGCCAUGGUCCGCACAGGGUUUGGUUCUUCGGUGCAACUCCCGACCUAUUUCCUCGCGAAACGAGUCUUGCAAAGGAACUUCGACAUCAAAGACGGCACUCCUUUACAUCUGAUGUCCUCCACCGCCUCAGGGUUCGUGGUAUGCGUAGUCAUGCAUCCUCCUGACACUGUCAUGAGCCGCAUGUACAACCAGACCGGCAAUCUCUACAACGGCGCAUUCGACUGUCUGUACAAUACAGUCAAGAUCGAGGGUGUGCUUGCGGUCUACAAGGGCUUCUUUGCGCAUUUGGCAAGAAUAUUGCCGCACACCAUUCUGACUUUGACUCUGGCCGAGCAGACGAAUAAGCUGAUGAGGAGAUUUGAGGACCGGAUAGGAGUGGGCAAGAGGGAGAAGAUUUGA